ACCUCCGACAGUCAAAGCCGAGAUUACAGCUAGGAUCCGAAACUUCUGCUCCUCCCUCUUUCGCAUCCCCUUCACUUUAAACUAAUCUGAAAUCCUGAAACCAAGGGGCCCUUCCUUUCACUGUUGAACUCUCCAGAAAAUUUGCAUCCGUAAGCAAUCAGUUAAGAUCCAACAAAGCACACAACUAAAAGACAAAACAAAGUUUAGAUCUGGGGGGGAAGAAAAGUGAGAACUGAGAAAUGGGGAGAAUGGACUAUUUGGCUAUGAAAACAGAUCCUGUAGCAGAAGAUUUGAUUAGUUCUGAUAUGACUGAGCUGAAGCUGGCUGCAAAGAAGUUGAUCAAUGAUGCAACUAAGCUUGGAGGUCUUGGUUUUGGAACUUCUUUUCUCAAAUGGGUUGCCUCCUUUGCUGCUAUUUAUUUGUUAAUCCUAGACCGAACAAACUGGAGAACAAACAUGUUGACUUCACUUCUGAUACCUUACAUCUUCUUUAGUCUUCCUAUGGUGCUUUUCAACUUUCUAAGGGGAGAGGUUGGAAAAUGGAUCGCAUUCGUUGCAGUUGUUCUAAGGCUGUUCUUCCCCCGACACUUUCCAGAUUGGCUGGAGAUGCCCGGAUCAUUGAUUCUUCUCCUGGUUGUGGCUCCAAACUUCUUUGCACACACCUUGAAGGACAGCUGGGUCGGUGUUUUGAUAUGCCUCCUCAUCGGUUGUUACUUGCUGCAAGAGCACAUCCGGGCCUCGGGUGGAUUCAGGAAUUCCUUCUCUCAGAGCCAUGGAAUAUCAAACACCGUUGGCAUUAUCCUUCUGUUAGUCUACCCUGUCUGGUCCCUGGUGCUUCACUUCGUCUAGGCGCACCGUGCAGUGCUGAAUUAUUGCUGCUGUGCAGAACUUGAAACAAAAAAUUGUACUUUUUUUUCAAUCUUAUGAUGUGAUAUUGGUAUUUAGUGGGAAAAAGAAACCAAUAAUUUAAUUUCUUAAGUAUAUUUUCUGUUAAAAGAAAAUAAUUUGAAAAUUUUAAUCCGUUGUAUUUAGUGGGAAAAAAGAAUAUAAUGUCAAGGGUUUGUUCAAAAUU